AUGAGAGAGGUGCGACGAGGGGUGGGCAGGGGGAGGGGGUGUGUGGUGGAGGGGAUUGGGUGUGGAGGGGUUUGGGAAUCAGAAUGCUUCUCCAACAGGGUGGGCACGGAGUGUCAGCACGUAGCGUCCGCGCUACCCGACUCACUGCCUCCACAUCCCCCCUCUCGUCCCUUCCCUUUCCCUGCCUUCCCAGUCCCCCCACCCCCACUGGGUGCACAUCCCUUGCGCCUAGCCAACAGGGUGCGCACGUUGUGUCAGCACAUAUCAGCCACGCUGCCCCAGGCGCCCACCUUUCUCACCGACUACUGCCACACUCUGCUUGCGCUGCUCACCGUGCCAGACUAUGCUCUCAGCAUCGCCAACACCAAAACACUGCGAGAGCUCAUCACAUUCUUUAUGAGCCGCCUGGAGCUGGCAGCUGGUGUACCUACAACCACCACAACACCAGGGGCGCUCCUCCCUCCUGCAUCAGCAUCCGCUACAGUGUCCAGUCUGGAGGCCGCUUCCGCCGUGCUGGCGCUGACUCGCUGUGCAGCGGGUGGAGCCUCCCUGAAGGUGCAGCAGCAGUGCGACAUGGCGGCCAGCUUCACCCGCAUCUUCACUCACCUCAGUGACGACGGCCGGCUGGCACGCAAGCUACUGGCGUGUGGGGCGACGUUCCUCGCAGUCUGUGGGGUGGGCCUCGCCGCUUCGGGCGAGCUGACGGGGCUGCUGGGCGCACUAAGGGGCUUCGUGGUGCGCACGUGGCACUGCACUCGCGAUGGAAAUGUGAUGGAGGGCCUUGUUCUCUCUGCGCGCAUGCUCGUGCGCCUCACAGUGGGAGGGCAGCUGCAUGACAGUGACGGGGAGGUGUUUGAGGGGGAGGAUGGAGAGGAGGAGUCACUGUGGGCAGCAGCACGGAGGUCGACAGGAGGGGGCCAGGGUAGCAGCAGCGAGGGGCAGAGCGAGGUGCAGAGGGAGGUGCUGUUGCUGGUGGUGAAGGAACUCUCUCGCUCCUCCUCUGCUGGGGGCACUGCUGGUGCCGCUGCCUCUGCCAGCCUGCUGCCAGGGUGGUAUGUUGGGCAUACAUCAAUGCUGGGCCGGUCUUUCCCAGCAAUGCACUGCUUCCUUUCCUAUGCGCCUCACUGCCUCCCAUCUGCUGCUCGCCCAUCCCCCACUUCCGCCACAGUGCCAUCCCUCUCCCCUUUUCCUCUCCCCUUCUAA